AUGUACGGUCUGAUGAUGCUGUACCUGUGUAUGGCAUGGUACAUUGGCGCAAGGUCCAGGAUGUAUUCUUUCACCAUCAUGCUCCUCUUCGCCGUUCUCUGGGUAAUCACGAUUGGCGAUACAUUUUCAACCAACAUCCGCAAAACGGUGCUGAGAAUAUGGGCCGUCACACAAUUCCACGUGGUUGUGCAAGACUGCCUCGAAGCUACCGACCAGAAGCUUCACGUCUUCAAGUUCCUUGGCCUAUCAGCUCUCUUUGAAGCUGUAGGUAUGAGCCUACAGCAGUUUUCUAAAAGAAGUCUCCUCGACUCCUUUCCCCCGAGCCUAGCACUCGCAGCCUUUAUACAUUGGGCUCUGCCGCAGCCCGACAGGUCUGUCCUGCGACCGGAUCUUGAGGACGGCGGAGCGGCGGCUUCCGACGUAAAUAAUCACACUUUGAACGAUCUGUCGCCGUCGAACGGGUCGGGCCCUGGCGUGCGACGUUCUCAAAACGUCAUCAUAAACCCUGGUGACCGUCCAAGUCACCACACCUCUGCUACCACAAGAGACACCCUCCCAGAUCCGGCUCAAUUCGCGUCAACUGAUCAUUUCGAUCUCGAGUCUCUCCGGAGUGACCGGAGCCAUGUUCCAAACAGGAUCUGA